GCGCAAGUGGCCGAGACAUUCGCCUUUCGACCGCGACCAUGAGAGCACUCAACUCUCGACGCCCACGGUCAUCCAGCACGAGCGUUCAUCCUCUCGUACCUCGUGCGACUCUCUGCUUCUUCCUUCUGCUCUGUAUCAUCCACAACACACGAGCGCGUAGUGUGUCUCACGAUGACGGCGAUGUCGUCGCGGAUCAAGUGCGCGGCAAAAACUCGGAAUUGGUGGAGGUGAGCGGCUCCAUUCCUGAUGGAGAACUUGGCGAGGCAGGAGAAGACGUGGAACAAGUGCGCAGGAAGAGCAUAAUAGAAGAGAGUACGGAUGAAGAUGACAGCGACGAAGGAAGAAAGUAUCCAGAAAAGGAAAUACUCAUUGAAGAUUCCGAAAAGAUUCAAGUUGAAGCUGCUGGUGAUGAGAGUAGCGUGGUGAAGAAGAGACGCAGGAACGACGUGACCCUGGCAGGUAAAUCUGUGUUGCAAGCUAGUGAGAACGUCGCACAAGAUACUGUGGCUAGUGUGCAAAAGGAUGAAGGUAUUCGACGAUUUGACGCUCAAGUCGAGUCCGACGACGCUGAAGGACUGGGUCAGCGAAAGGUAUCGAGCGAUGUCAUUGAAAACAUUUCGAAUUUGCCAGGAGAUGCUAACGAGCAUGACAGACAACUGAUCGAUACCAAACAAUCGCAUGUGGAUGUGAAGAACGCGGAUGUCAAGCAGGAAGGUGAAGUAAAACCGCAAAAGAAGAAAUAUGUGCUAGUAUUCUCUGAUCUUGAAAAAGAGCAGCUGGAGAAUAUCGCGAGCUUGGAACAGACAGAGAAGAUAGAUUCCAAUAAAGAAGAAGUGGUUCAAAUCAAGAAUUUGGCACAAGCUAACUUGGACGAAGCACGCAUCAAGAACACUAACGGCGUCAACGAAGAAGUGCGCAAUGACUUUCGAAGCUUGGAACUUGGAGCUGAUGCAAAUGAAAAUGAAAGAAAUCAAGAGCAACACAUCGCCGACGAGGCUCCGAGUAAUGAAGAAAUCGCUAUGAAAGAUCUAGAUGUAAAUAGAGAGGAUAGACAUUUAACUAGGAACUCAGGUAAGUCCAAAUACAAGAGCUCGACUGUUUAUUUAAGUGCUGAAGAAGGCAAUUUGCCUGGUCGUGAACAAGAAUCUAUUGUGGACGGUCAAAUAAAGAAAUUGAUAUCUAUACGAGACGAUGCUCUCGAGUUAGCUAGUAAUGGCGCAAAACGUUUGGAAAAAGUCGACGAGAGGAGUCUUUUUUCAGAGAAAUCAAUCGAGUUUGACGCAGCUGCCGCUGAAAAGAACGAAGGGGCUCGCAAUCAACGUAGCAGUGACAUAAAAGACGCGAUUGGGAAUUUCGAGCAAUCAUCUUCAAUGACGGAAGUCAAUCUUAGCCGCCUGCAAAAGUGGAAAGCUGAAGCUGCGCUGCUUCAGGAACAAGUCAAAAAUAGGACCUUCCUUCAACAUUUAAAGGAACAAACGACUGAGGUGCUCCCUGACAUACCAAAAUUCACAGAGAAUCAAUUGUUGGAAGUUUUGAAGAAUAUUGCGUCAUUGCGGAAACCAGUUUCGAAUGAGACAUAUUCGGCCAAUUUGAACGCGACUGAAUUAAACGAAAAACAAUUAGAGAUAAUAAAGUGUGCCGAGCAGCUGGUGGAAAUAAAGCAACGACAAUCUUUCAUGGAGAACAUGGCACAGUGUAUUCGUGGUCUCAAUGUUCUAAAUUGCAUGCGCAUCUUCAUAUGGCCCAUCGUGCUCGAUAAUCUUCCGGAAUUGGUUACCCAAACUUUCAACAAUCUGCCGGUUGAGAUAAACUUGAUCGACCUGUUUCAGGGUAACAGAGCAAAAUCUGCAAGGUCAGACAAUAAUGCUCAUCGUGCAAGGUUGCUGACACCGGAAUCAGUUGUCUUCAACAUCCUGAGAGGCGCUUUGGAAUCAAAAAUUACAUAUGAUCUGACGCCAACUUUCAUCGAUUCGAAGAAUGAAACUUUGAGGCGGCUUCUCACCAUUAAUCAACUUCAAAUCCUUCAGAUGGCUGAGAGGCUUCUGCCAGCCGAAAUACGGCGCGAGUACUCCGAUAGGAUGUUUUCGUGCGUGCGCCGGUUCGAAUACUUCAGCUGCAUCAAGUAUUUCGCCUGGCCAAUGGUCAAGCAAUAUUAUCCGGCGUUGCCAGAUUUCCCAGAUUAUCAGAGUUGGUACCCACCAAUAACAUUGUUCCCACAAUACCCUAUAGUACCUUUCCCUAGUUUUGUGGGAGGUACGGGCGAGCUUCCAGAGGUUGUAGAUGCCGACGCUACAAGAACACGUAAACCGAAACCGGAAGCGGUGAUUGUAAACAUUCUUCAAAGCACUUUAAAGGAGCAUGUAAAGACACCGUAUGUCUCCCAUAACACUGAUUCCUAUGUCGCUGUACUCCCCCCGGAGCAAUUAUUAUCGAUUCAUAUGGCUGAACAGCUUCUUCCUACUCCGUACCGUCCGGAGUUUGUUCAGAAGACUGUUAAAUGCAUUCAAGAGUUCAAUUACGUAACCUGCAUCAAAUAUUCUACUUGGCCUACAGUCAAGCAGUUUGUCUCUUUACCAGACAUUUCCAAUUGGUUACCGGACGGAUGGCAACUCCCUGACGUUUUUGGUUAUUUCCCGGACUUUCAGUUUCCGAACUUUCCCGAUCUUUCUUCAUUUAUACCGGGAUUAGGUAGCGGAGGAAGUACUCCACCAUCUACUGAGCAACCAUCGACACCCGAUACUUCAGAAGGAUCUUCUGGUCAAGUCCCUACAAUAUUGUUCCGCCAAAAUGAAAUUCCUUCCGAAGCAUCCAAUGAGUUGGAGAAUAAAGUCACAGACAUUUUAAUGAAAGUGCGUAACUCUUUGAAAGUAACGUCGGAAAAUCCAAUUGUUAGCGGAAAUGUCAUAAUUCUAACUACCAUUACCGAGAAACAGAUCAAUAUAUUGAGACUAGCAGAAAGCAUUAUACCGCCUUUUGCCCGGGCCCCGCUCGUUACUCAAGUUCUAUCUUGUCUUCAGACGAACAACGAUUUUAUCAAUUGCACCAGAUAUGUUAUUUGGCCUACGGUUGCUUUUUAUGCUCCCAAUUUGCCCGAGUUUCCCAAUCUGCUACAUAAUCAACAACUGAAACAAGAAGACCAGCAAAUACUGCUGAAUAACAAGAACACUUUACAUCAGUCCACCAAGGCGCAGCAGGAACGGGACAAACCACAGAAUGCAGCGAAUCCCAACGUGAGAAUCAUCUCCAGAACAAAAUUUCCUCAAAAUAACAGCCCUGUGAUCAGCGUGACCGGUACUCGUUUUGUGCCAAUAUUCACGGAACAUCCUGAGUCGGUGAUUCUCAAUAUCCUUAAAUCGAUUCAGCUCUCAUCACCAAACGUGCAUGACGAUUUAAUUACCAAGCUCACCAACAUGCAGCAAUUCGGCGAUUUAUUUAACGAUCAACAGUUGAACAUACUUAGGAUAACAGAAGGUUUAUUACCUGAUGCGGCUCGUCCCAUUUUUGCCAGUCGGAUGAUAGAGUGCGUUCGUAACUCUUUGGGCAAUUUCCUGAUGUGUUCAAGGGAUGUGUUGUGGCCUACUCUCUCGGAAUAUUUUCCCAGACUUCCCAGUUUCCCGAAUUUCGGAGGACAUUCUCAAAUAACCAAUCUUAAGCCUAUUCUGCCUCAGAACUUGACUGAUUCGUCGCCAUUUUCGGAAACUGACGUUAAAAUUGGCCAGCACGGAGACGCCACCGUUACCACGACACACACCAGAUUUUAUCCUAUUUUCACGGAACAUCCGGAGGGCGUAAUCUUGAACAUCCUCAAAGCCGUACAGCAUGCUACGCCAAGCGUACUGGACACUACGACUAUAUCAAAGUCACCGGAGAUCACGACUUAUUUCUCGGAACAGCAGAAUAACAUCAUUCAGAUCACAGAAAGUCUACUGCCCGAAUCAGUGAGGCCAGUUUUUGUUGAAAGAAUGGUCACUUGUGUUCGAAAAAACACGUUCCUCGAGUGCACUCGAGAUAUAGCUUGGCCUACUAUCGCUCAAUUUUUCCCAAGGCUACCCAAUUUCCCCAAUUUUGGCAGCUACCAGAACUUACCGAGGAUGAAACUUGGUUUAUCGUCAGUCCUAUUACGUAACGCCUAUUCGGAGAACCGAACAUUUAAUGUAAAAGAUACGCCGAAUACUGCUGUAGAAAGCAUAGAAACUAAAAUAGAGAGCAUACUGAAGGAUCUCUUGAGCAAGGAUUCAACAAUGCGCUUGGAGAAUUCUUAUCUGGAUAUCAACAAUCCUGUAAUAGGCACUCUACUUACUACUCGAGAGAUGAAUAUAAUUAAAUUAACGGAGAAAGCGAUACCAGAUUCAAUACGUCGCGUGUACGUAAAUAGCAUGCUGGAAUGUGUGAAGAACAAUAUAAAUUUCAUCACUUGCGUUCAGCACAUCAGUUGGCCAACUUUAAAACAAACGAUGACAUCAACUCUGCCAAACUUUGAUGAAUUGUUUGGGCAACUUCAGAUUCCAGGCGUGGGUCAAAUUCCAGGCAUUGGUCAAAUCCCAGGCAUUGGGCAAAUUCCAGGCAUUGUAGGCCAAAUACCUGAUUUCGUGGGACAGAUCCCUGUUCUUCCCGGAAAUCCGUUUGGCGAUGGUUCCAACAUACCUCAGUUUCCCUCUCAAAUUCCCAUAAUACCAGGUGGAAUUCAAACGGGAAUUUCUCCGUUUCCAGGAAUCUCUAACUUCGGCAACAUAAAUUAUCCGCAGUUUGGGAUCCUGUCAGACUCUCCGCAAAAAUUGAAGUCCCAAGAACAGAGUGUUCAAUCAAAACUCGCGGGGGAAACGAAUCAGAUAAGUGGAGUGUCAAAGGCGAAUACUUCGUCAGUAGGUGACAUGUUAUCGCCGCUGCUGCUGUUGGGCAUGGCCCUGUCUGUGAUAGGCGUGUACGUACCUCCGGGUCCAAGAUUCAGAUGCCCCAAAGACGCGAUCUACAUUUAUCCCUGCACUUGUCUCCGAGGUAGCGAUAGAGGCCUGUACGUGCGCUGCGAAAAUACGAAUCUAGCCAGCCUCAGUCUUGCCUUCACGAAUCUGGGAAACGAGGGCAUGCCGAUCGAGGAACUGGUUUUGUACAAAUGUAACAUAGUACGAUUUUAUGGACCCGCUCUGUAUCCAUUGGACGUGCGAGUAUUGAAAUUUAUCGACACGCCAUUGAAGCUGAUCGAGGAGCACAGUUUCCUCGGCGUGAACAGGACCCUUCAAGAGCUCCACGUGGUGAACAGCAAUCUGGAAAAAUUCCCGCGUGAAGCAUUGCAAAUCCUCGGUAAUCUCAGCUUGUUGAGCAUCACGGGUCAUCGGAUAUCUACCUUGCCAGGAAAUAGUUUCGGUGAAAGCGCAGCAGCUGCUAAGCUGGAAAAAUUGGAGAUAAGUAACGGUACGCUAUCUUCUUUACCCGCGGAAGCGUUAACGCCGCUUAAGAAGCUGAAAACGCUCGAUCUCCACGACAAUAAGAUAAAGGACUUGAAGAGGAACCAGUUUAAAGGUUUGAGAGACACCGAAUUUUUGGAUCUCUCUUAUAAUAUGAUCGACAAAUUGGAUACGUCCCACUUAGCCGAUCUCAUCAAGAUGGGAUGGUGCAACAUGUCGCAUAAUGCCAUCGCCGACCUAAAGAGAGGAACCUUUGCCCGAAAUUCCGUCUUGAAAGUCUUGAAUCUGAGCCACAACAAAAUCAGAAAACUCGACUCAAAUACCUUCCGCGGUAUGCGUUUUCUCAGACGAUUGUACCUAAGUGACAAUCAGAUCAACGAUGUCGGCCGUGGAACAUUCGGUUCCGUCACCAGGAUCGGCACUAUCGAUCUCUCUCGGAACUUCAUUAAAAAGAUCGAUUUUCAAAUGUUUAACCAACUGCAAUAUGCAGAGCUUUUAGAUGUCUCCGAAAACUUCGUAACGAUCGUGGAGAAACUUGCAUUUAAAGAUCUCUACUUAGCGAAAGUGAAUCUGUCGCAUAACGAAAUUUCGAAGAUCGAAGCGGGCGCAUUCGAAAACUGCGCGAAUAUCACGUCGCUGGAUCUCAGUUACAACAAAAUAGAGAACAUCUCCAAGUAUUCUUUCGACAGCGCAUCGUACGCCAUGGAAUUACAGCUGAGUUAUAAUCUACUUACAUCUCUGAAUCAAGUUCCACUGCACAACAUGACGGGCAUGAAGAUUUUGAACGUUUCCCACAACCAGAUACAUUCCAUUCCGCGACAGACCUUUCCCAAGUUAUAUGAGCUCCAUACAAUCGAUAUCUCGCACAACAAUCUGUCCGAGAUCCACAAUGCCGUAUUUCAAACGCUCUUCAGUCUGCGAUACUUGAAUAUGUCGCAUAAUUCUAUGGAGAAAAUAAAACCAUCAACUUUUGGCCCGCUGCCGACUCUUCUAGAACUCGACAUGAGUUAUAAUCAGUUAAACGAUGUUGUGCGUGGCAGUCUUACUCGAUUAGCCAGUUGCAGGAGUUUGACGGUGAAGAACAAUCGUUUGACGAGGAUCUUUCAACUGCCGAUUUCAUUGGGUCACUUGGACUUCUCGGAGAACUUGCUGGAAGAGAUUCCAAGUACUGACGUGUGGCCCACGAUGAAUGCUUUGCUUUCGCUAGAUCUGUCGCGAAAUCGGCUCAGCGACAAUCUGCAAGAGGGGAGUUUCGAAAACCUGUUAACCUUGAGAACGCUGAACCUGCAAGCAAACAACAUCACGAAGCCACCCUGGCAAGCGCUAGGCAGUCUGACAAGUUUGCAGUAUCUUUACCUACAGGAUAAUCACAUGACAAAACUGGGAAAAGCCGCCUUUGGACGCUUGCCGAUAGUGUUCGAAUUGAACUUGGCGAACAAUAAAAUAAACAAUGUGACAAAUCGCGCAUUCGAGGGCUUACUGCAGCUGCUAACGUUGAAUCUGACAAACAACAAUAUUAGUCACAUACCGAACGGUGCAUUUCAAGGUUUGGUAUCCCUACGGACUCUCGAUCUAUCGCAUAAUCGAUUAGAGAAACUGGAUAACAAGACGCACGGAUUGCUCGAUGACUGUCUAUCUCUGGAGAGGCUCAAUCUUAGCCACAACAAAAUCUCGUUCAUUACCAGGAAAACUCUGCCGAACGAUCCCUGGAUUCCCUACAGAUUGAAAGAGGUCGAUCUAUCUUAUAACACAAUGCCGGUCGUCACCUUCGACCUUAUUGCUGGUAGCAAGAAGCUCGAAUACCUGAAUCUCUCUCAUAAUAACAUUAAUGAGAUCAGAAGAUAUGUAAUCGGAAAUUUAACGGCUUUGCAGACUUUGGAUCUGUCGUACAAUGAUAUUAGUGAAGUCUCCGGUCGAGACGUAUUUCUACCGCCAUUAAAUUUAAGCAACUUAUAUCUGAGUAAUAAUCAUCUGAGUCACGUGCCUCUGAAUAAGAUACUACCAUUGCCUAAUUUAAAAGUUCUCGAUUUGGAGGAGAACGAGAUUGGCGUCUUCGAUGAGAAGUUUAUGAAAAUCAUUCAAAACGGCACUGUCCUCAGAUACUCUGGAAAUCCAAUGCAUUGCGACUGCCAUGUGCGGCCAUUAAAACGAUGGUUGAAGACUCAGACGCAACUUCCAAUGGAAUGGUCGAACGUGCUGUGUCAGAGUCCACAUUAUCUCGCAAACAAACCUAUUUCCGAGGUAACCGAAGAUCUCAUGGGCUGCAACGAAAGAGACAUUCAAGAGGAACCCGAGCUGGACAUCACGCCUGACGUAAAGUACCGAAGUAUCGACUACGAUAACGAAGAUAAGAGCUGGAAAGCGACGUGGUUCGUGACAUCACGUGAAGACAUCGGCGACUUCUACAUAGUGGUCCGAGAAUCCGGCGGCAAGUCCACGAUGGAAAAAGACGUUGUCUACAGCGAGCGAUCCUUCAGAAUCCACGAUCUAAAGGAAUCCAGCACCAAGUACGAGCUCUGUGUGCUCGCGCGCGAUUCCGAAGGGAAUGUCAAGCACUACAGGAACUCGCAAUGUCAGAUCUUGAAUCAGCACAAUUCUGGCUUAUCCGUGAUCUUCAGGACAAACCUAUACUUCGCGAUAGUUGUCGCUCUCUUCUGCACCUUUAUAUGAGACUUUGUUCGCCGAGAAUAACGCUCACGAUCUUUAAAAACAAAGGGAACAUUCAAUGAAUAGUGAUAUGUGCUCGCGAUGAAGUAUAUCUUCACGUAUCGCCAGACUAACGCUAGAAUUACCGACGAUUUACAUAUAUUUUUAGAAGGAUCAAAAUGACUUGGUGUUGAAAAGAACAAGUUAAAAAAAGCGUGUAUGUGUAUAUAUUUCUUAUUGUAUUUAACAAAAAUGGAGGAUAAGAUGUAAUAUGACUAAUCAUGACCAAAAACGACUAAUCAUUAUAACAAAAUGUCAAGCAAGUCAUUUUGAUCCUCUUGGUAAAUCUAGUGUUAAUAUGUUCAACUGUUCUGCUAGUUUAGACUUUCGUCCUACGUUUUAAAUCGCGUUGAAGCGCGAUGCGAUGGUUGUAAAGUAAAUUAAUAUAUUUCCUGAUUGAUACCACAUGCUUUGUACAUAAGUAUUAUAUCUCGUUCGAAAGUAGAGACGUUGAACGUCGUGUAUUUAUUUUUGUAAAAUAUAUACUUUAUAGAGAUGAGUCAUGUCUUUCUUCGCACGAUGGACGCUUCCAACGAGAUUCGACACGCAGAAGAGGACGUGUCUAAUAGCCACGUGUGGAUAUGUGUCGGUGAUUUACGAUUGUUAUAAGCGAACAAGCGAAGUAGUCGUCGAUUAGCGAACGAUUUGUCUUAAUAAAAGACUAGCUAAUCCCACGGGAUUAA